AUGACAGAAGCACUUGAACGUCGAUUUGUAUCAGAAGUGUGUGCAUUAUAUAGAUGUCAACACCCAUUUCUCCUUGGUUUAAUUGGAUUUUCUAAUGCUCCACCGUAUAUCAUUGUCACAGAGUACAUUUCUAACGCAAAUUUAAGAGAAUUCAUACAUGACAAGCAAUUUCAGAGUAAAAGAACAGGCACAACACUCACAAAAAUUGCAAUGGGAAUUGCAAGCGGAAUGUCGUUCUUUCAUGCACAAAAACUAAUGCAUCGUGAUCUUAAACCAGAUAAUGUUAUACUCGACAACGAUUUUCUACCAAAAAUCUGCGAUUUUGGCCUAACAAGAGAAUUUGAUAAACCUUCGACUCCAACUCACAAAAUUGGAACGAGAUAUUACAUGGCUCCAGAAGUUAUCCAAAAUGGAGUCGCUUACGACGAGAAAUGCGAUGUUUAUUCAUACGGAGUAAUUUUAUUUCAAAUGUUAACUCAAAAAGUGCCGUUUUUCGAUGCUUCUCCCGAAGAUUUCAAUGUAAUGAUUAUUAAAGGCAAAAGAGAGCCGAUUCCUUACAAUUGUCCGCCAAAUUUGAAAAGAUUAAUUUCUGACUGUUGGUCGGAGAAUUUGUUUGUUCGGCCGCCUUUCUCAUUGAUCUACGAGAUGUUUGCUACAGGAAAAGUUGCAUUUCCUGAUACGAAUCAAGAGGAAAUUAAAGAAUUUGCUGAAUCUAUCGAAAUAAGGACAAUGUAUAUACGAGCGAAACCAGAAAUAUACAGAAAAACGGAUGAAAAGACUUCUAAAGUCAGAACGAUUCCUUUUGAGAAAAAUGAAAAUUUUAUUGCAGAACCACCCGUUUAUAUCCAUAAACCAAGGGAAAAAGAACCUCCUAAAGAAGAGAAUAAGUCAAAUAUCAAGUCAAAAACUACAGAAAAAGAGCCAGAAAUCAUAGAAUCUGAAUCAGAAGAGAGUGAAGAAAAAAUCUUGAAUCAGAACAAGAAGAUUCAAUUCACACUUGAUUCUGAUGCCUUGAAACCUAAGAUAUUCGAGCUAGAUUCAAAAAUAAAGUCAAAGAAAAGUUUAAAUUCAAAUUAUUCUUCGAGUCGUCAAUACAGAUUAAAAUCGAACAUUUCCUAUUCAAACAGUUCCGAUCCUGAUACAAACAAACCUACAAAACUGACUGGAAUUGCGAAAUUUCCUUCAAAAAAUGUUGUUUCUUUACCAUUUGAUAAUUCUGAAAGCGAAGAAGAAGUCUACAUACACAAACCAAAGAAACCAAAGCAAUCCCGGCAAAAAGCGCCAGAAAUGUUCGAAUAUUAUUACGAAUAUUCAGAAUCUGACCGAGAAAUAGCACCUUCUAUCAGAACACCUGCAAUUAAUCUUGUAAAGAGUCGAAAUAUCGAUGAUGAAGACUUAGAAGCUGAGAAAAUCUUUGCAAAUGUAAAUUCUCCUUAUUACGCCUCUAAAUCCACGAUAAACUUGAAUGUCAUCAAGGAUAUGAACCAUCCUUUGUUUGAAAUUGAACUUUCGAAAAUUAAUGAAAAAAUGGAAAUCAAAAUUCUCAAAAAAUUCUUGUCAAUAGCACAUAAUCAUAUCAGAGAAAGUUCAAACAAGGAAAAAACCUUGAAAAUUCUUGAAACAGUCGCUUCAAUCAUGAAAAAUGAAGAAAUUUGUGAUGAAUUUGAUAAAUUAUCGUUCAAAACCAUUCUUCCUUACGAUGACAUUGAUUAUUUGGACGCAAUCAUGAUGAUUUUGACCAAUAUUUUCACAAUUAAACCUCAAAUUUUCCAAAAGAACUUCAAACAAGUAAUGACGAGGUUGUUUGCGGCCAAACCAAAGAAGUCAUUGAUUCUGAUGUCGAAAUUCGCAGAAAAGUUUGAUUUAAUUGAAAAUCCGUGGGGAUUACUUGAUAAUAUGCUGAAAAACUACAAAAUCUUCAUAGACAUCAAAGAAGGAUCCCAAUUUCUGAAAAUUUUAGCUGAUUUACUCCGAAAUUUCCCUGUUUUCAAAGAAUCCAGGUUUGAUUCGUGCAAAAAACUGUUUCCUUCAUUUAUUUUGUCACAAAAUGAGGAUACAGUCAUAUCAGCAUAUCAAACAAUCACUGAUUUCUAUGAUUCUUCGAUGAAUCUUCCGUAUGAUAAAAUUAUUUCGGAUUUAGAUGAUAAAAACAUCAGCCAAUAUUGUAUCCAAUUACUUCUUGUUGUAAAGAAGCUUCCAAAAGUUCCAAAACUCGUUUACAAAAUAAUAAAAUUUGCCAGGAAGUCAGAAAACGCUGCUUCUCUUGUCCAGAGGUUGGUAAAGAAGCAAAGCAGUGCAAUGGAACUAUGUGAAAGGACCAAUUGGCUUCUUUACGAGCUUCCAACUUUAAAUUCUUCAAUUACAAUAUUACUAAGGAUCCUAGAACACAAUGAAUGUUGUAAAUUGAUUGUUCAUGCCCCUGAAUUGCCACCUUUCCUUGUUUCUAUCCUUAAAUAUAAUUCAAAACGUUCUGCAUCGACAUUACCACAUAUUUUCAAUGCUUUGGACAUUGACAAUGAGUUUAAAGAUUCUUUAGAAUCUGUUGAUUUCUUUAAAAUCUUGAUUCGAAAGAUGGAAAAAGGAAAAUCUUCUAUCAAACUGUCUUUGCUUCAGACAAUUGACUAUAUUCUUUCGAAAACGUAUUCACAUGACAUUCUGUAUGCCAUCGAUGAUUUCGUUCAGUAUUUUGCUGAUAAUAAUGACGAUAUUAGAGAACAAAGCUUACGAAUAGUUCUUUCCCUUUCUAAAUACAAGAAAUCAAGAAAGACGCUGAUCAAUCGUCAAGUUAUUGAAAUUGCAACAAAAUCUUUUGAAAAAGAUUUGAUGCUGAAGAAUGUAAUCAAAAAGUUGAUCAAAAACAUCAAUGGUAAUCAAAAUAAUGCUAAUCCUUAA